AUGGUUGCUAUGGAUAUGUGUGAUCGUCGGAUGAGAUAUGAAUUGAAGAGGUCGAUUAUUGAAGGCAUGUGCUGUCCUCUAUCUAUUGUCAGAGCGUGGAAGAUUGAGAUCGGUACAGGUAGACGUACAGACGCCCAUCCAUCCGCUUGUCAACAUGCUUGGAGACAAGUUAGAUUCAUGACGGAUGUGUUGAGACACUCCCCGAAGAUGGAAUGCUACCUACGUAUGUUAGUAGGUAGGCAAAACACAGAUUUUAACUCACAAGUCGAACUGACUGCCUCACGCUUCUACUCUUUACAAGAAAGCUUGCAAGCAAGGCGGAUAAAUGUCAAGUACCUAGGUAUGUGCACACUCAAUCCAUCCAUCCGCUGUCACCUCCAGUCUAAUAACAAUCUCAAGUCCUAA